AUGGAAAAGGUGAAAACUAUUCAUGUUGGACUACGUCCACCUUCAUGUUACCCUCAGCUUCUUAGAAGUGGAUUUAAAGAAGUUCAACAAGUCAUCGGAAAUGAUUUGAAAUCAGAUUCAAACGAUGUCAAAUCACAUAAAACUACAAACGUAGAAACAUCUAAAUUUAAUAUAACGGUUGGAAAAUUCAACCCGAAAACAACCAGAUUUGGACAAAUGAACCAGAAUUUGGGUUCAAAAAUGUCCAGCUUUAAUCAGAUUAGUAAAAGGUCAUCAAUAAAAUCUGGAUCAGACUUUAAUUUUGAUGAACUGAGCUCAUUGUCAAGCUAUGACUUUUCGAAACUUGGGUCAAAUUCAACCAAUAAAAGCGUGCUUUCAUCAUCUGAUGGGAAGAAAUCAAUAAGAUUUUCCAUCGAUAAUUUAUCUUCAUCUGAUAGUUUUAAAUUAGGCCAGAUUAGGAGCCUUGAUUACUCUAAAAAGUCAUCAGACACAAUAAACCAGGGAUUUGAAAGACUACAGUCAGACUCUGGAGUUGAUCCAAAAAAUUUUUCUGGUUCUGUUGGAGGCAACCGGUCAGAAUAUCUACUUGAUGAGCUCAGAAAAGUUGUUAAGCAUGUAAUUAACGUUAAUAGGAUAAGAAACCAAGGUUCAGACUUUAUGUCAAAUUUCAUAGGAGUUAAUUCGCAGGGGAUUGAAAACGUUGGAUUCAGUGAUGAUCCAAAAAAUAAAACUAGCUCAAACCCAUCCCGAUCUUUUGAAAAUGUACCUCUUAUUAACAAGGGAACAACCACAUCCCUGUUUGAAACUCAAAUAAACUCUCCGAAUCCAGUGGAUAGGAAUGUAUUAAACAGAAACUUUAAUAGAAAGCUUUUGAAAAUAAAGGAGAAAUACAGUAAGAUUGAUAGUCUAUUACAAGAUUUGGGCGACCCCUUAAAACUUAUAAACGAUGAUCAACCUAUAUCAAACAUAAUUGAGGACCAUGUCAAUACAAAGCUUCUAGUCCAUCCUCUUCAUAUUAAUUAUUAUCCCAAGAAAGUGGAAGAGGAAGAUGAGGAAGAUUAUGAGGAGGUUGAGUAUGAAUUGUUGAGGAAAAAGGAUCCAAUUCCAGAAAAGAAGGUCACCACGAGGCCAGAGGACUAUCCUUCUCUGUGGGCGGUAAGAUUAAAAUUAUUUAAUCAAUACUAA